UGACUCUGAAAAUUUUGAGUGUUGUUUCCUUGAUUUUUUGGCUAAAUAAGUUGUACACAAAGACUAGUGAGUACAGUAGAAUCCUCCCUCCAUACACCUGACCCAAUUCUAAGCUCUUACUUAUAGCAGAUAAGUAGCUAACCCAAUCAAACUAAGCUGCUAUUAUGCCCUCCACAAUGACCCGUUACAAGCUAUUGUUCAUGACAUUGCUGCUCCUCCUCUUACACACCCAGCUCGUUGUCCCUUCUUCAUCAGCAACAUCAGCUACGUACACCAACCACACCGGAGUGCCGCCGUCGGCGGUUCCAUGCAUGCCGGACCAGGCAUCGGCGUUGCUCCGACUGAAACGAUCCUUCUCCAUCACCAACAAGUCCGUGAUCGCCCUCCGGUCAUGGAACGCCGGCGAGGAUUGCUGCCGGUGGGAAGGCGUCCGCUGCGGCGGCGGCGGCACCGCCGCCGCCGGCGGCCGCGUGACAUGGCUUGAUUUGGGUGACCGUGGCUUGAAGAGUGGCCACCUCGAUCAGGUGAUUUUCAAGCUGAAUUCCCUGGAGUAUCUCAACCUGGCCGGAAAUGACUUCAACCUGUCCGAAAUCCCAUUCACUGGCUUCGAGCGGUUGAGUAUGCUCACCCAUCUGAACCUCUCCUCGUCCAACUUCGCAGGCCAAGUGCCUGUGCAUAGCAUUGGUCAGCUCACAAAUUUGAUCUCCCUUGACCUCUCCUUUCGUUUCAAAGUUACUGAACUAUUCGAUAUGGGUUACUUAUAUACCGGUGCAUACUCUCACGAAUGGCAGCUCGUCCUGCCGAACUUGACAGCCUUGGUUGCAAAUCUUAGCAAUUUGGAGGAGCUUCGUCUUGGCUUUCUUGACCUAUCACACCAAGAAGCUGACUGGUGCAAUGCUUUAGGCAUGUAUACUCAAAAUCUUCGUGUUCUCAGCCUGCCCUUUUGCUGGUUAUCUAGCCCCAUUUGCGGGUCGCUCUCCAACUUGCGCUCACUGUCAGUUAUUGACAUGCAGUUCAGUGGUUUGACGGGUCGGUUUCCAGAUUUCUUUGCCAACUUAUCCUCCUUGAGUGUUCUCCAGCUUAGCUUUAAUCACCUUGAAGGAUGGGUCCCUCCUUUAAUCUUUCAGAAGAAGAAGCUAGUGGCUAUUGAUCUUCACAGAAAUGUUGGAUUAUCUGGUACUCUGCCUGAUUUUCCCGUGGAUAGUAGUUUGGAGAUUUUGCUUGUUGGUCACACCAACUUCUCUGGUACGAUACCAAGUUUCAUUAGCAACCUCAAAUCUUUGAAGAAGCUAGGCCUUGAUGCAAGUGGUUUUUCUGGAGAGUUACCCUCAAUAAUCGGUACGCUUAGACAUUUGAAUUCAUUGCAGAUCUCUGGGUUAGAGGUAGUAGAGUCGUUUCCCAAAUGGAUCACAAACUUAACUUCCUUGGAGGUCCUUGAGUUUUCCAAUUGUGGCUUACACGGAACGAUACCUUCUUCUAUUGCAGACCUGACAAAAUUGACAAAGUUAGCACUAUAUGCCUGCAAUCUUUUUGGGGAAAUACCUCGACAUAUAUUCAAUUUAACACAACUGGAUACCAUCUUUCUUCAUUCAAAUAGUUUUACUGGCACAGUCGAACUUGCCUCAUUCUUGACACUACCAAACCUAUUUGACUUAAACCUCUCACACAACAAAUUAACUGUAAUAAAUGGAGAAAGCAAUUCUUCACUCACAUCCUUCCCCAACAUAGGGUACUUGGGUUUGUCAUCUUGUAACAUGACUAGAUUUCCGAACAUUUUGAAACAUCUAAACAAGAAUGAAGUGAAUGGCAUUGAUCUUUCACAUAACCAUAUCCAAGGGGCCAUACCCCAUUGGGCAUGGGAGAACUGGAAAGAUGCUCAAUUUUUCUUUUUGAACUUGUCACACAAUGAAUUCACUAGGGUUGGCCACACCAUCUUUCCUUUUGGUGUAGAAAUGUUGGAUCUCAGUUUUAACAAGUUUGAGGGGCCAAUACCACUUCCCCAAAACUCUGGAACGGUGCUUGAUUACUCAAACAACCGUUUCUCGUCCAUACCACCAAAUAUUUCUACUCAACUUAGAGAUACUGCCUAUUUCAAGGCAUCAAGAAACAACAUCUCCGGAGACAUUCCAACAUCCUUUUGUAGUAAUAAACUACAGUUUCUUGAUCUCUCUUUCAAUUUUUUUAGUGGAUCAAUUCCUCCUUGCCUGAUCGAGGUUGCCGGUGCAUUACAAGUACUAAAUCUGAAACAAAAUCAACUUCAUGGAGAACUACCACAUUAUUUCAACGAAAGUUGCACAUUGGAGGCACUAGACUUUAGUGACAAUAGGAUUGAAGGAAAUUUGCCUAGAUCUAUUGCUUCUUGCCGAAAAUUGGAGGUCCUUGAUAUCCAAAACAAUCAUAUCGCUGACUAUUUUCCUUGUUGGAUGAGUGCAUUUCCUAGACUCCAAGUCCUUGUCUUGAAAUCUAACAAGUUCUUUGGACAAGUGGCACCUUCUGUUGGCGAAGACAGCAGUUGUGAAUUUCCUAGUUUAUGUAUCCUGGAUCUAGCCUCCAACAAAUUUUCAGGCACAUUGAGUGAAGAAUGGUUUACAAGAUUGAAGUCCAUGAUGAUUGACUCAGUUAAUGGUACAUCAGUGAUGGAAUAUAAAGGUGAUAAAAAACGAGUCUACCAAGUUACCACUGUGCUCACAUACAAAGGAUCUACCAUGAGGAUAGAUAAAAUACUAAGGACUUUUGUAUUCAUUGAUGUCUCGAAUAAUGCAUUCCAUGGAAGCGUCCCUAAAGCUAUUGGAGAGUUAGUUCUGCUAAACACGCUCAACAUGUCACACAACUCAUUAACAGGGCCGGUUCCAACUCAACUUAGCCAUCUAAACCAGAUGGAGGCUUUGGACCUGUCCUCAAACGAGCUUUCAGGAGUGAUUCUACAGGAGCUAGCAUCGUUGCAUUUCCUCACAACACUGAACCUGUCCUACAACAGGCUGGUGGGAAGAAUACCAGAGUCAACUCAAUUCUCAACAUUCCUGAACAACUCGUUUCUAGGGAAUGAUGGUUUGUGUGGCCCUCCAUUGUCAAAAGGAUGUGACAACAUGACGCUGAAUGUUACACUUUCUGACAGGAAAUCUAUAGACAUUGUGUUGUUCCUCUUUUCUGGAUUGGGAUUUGGCCUUGGAUUUGCAAUUGCAAUUGUAAUAGCAUGGGGAGUUCCCAUUAGAAAAUGGUCGCUACUAGGGCAGAGAGUCCCCUGAAUUAUGUACUAAAAGAAAUUUUCCUGUACCAAGGUCAUUUGCAGUUCGUUUGUAAUCAGGACCAUGUCAUUGUUGUAGCAAGCUAAUAUAUAUUUGAAUCAAGCUAAUAUAUAUUUGAAUCUUC